GGCUCAAGAAGGAAAAGGUACUACUAUAUUAUUGUGUAUAGGCCCCAAAUAUAUUCUCAUCCGUUGCAUUCCGUGUAGUGAUAUUCCUAAACCAUUUUUUCUUUCUCUCAUGGCUUUUCAAUCGUUCCCCUCUUCCUUUUCCUCUUCCUCAUCCUUCUCCUACGGAUUCAACUAUGAUGUUUUCCUAAAUUUUUGUGGCGAUGACACUCGCUUUCAUUUUACUGGUAAUCUGUACAAAGCUCUAUGUGACAAGGGAAUCCGUGUCUUCAUUGAUGACAAGGAACUUCAGAGAGGUGACAAAAUCACACCAUCACUUAUCAAGGCAAUUGAAGACUCAAGGAUUGCAAUCCCCGUGUUUUCUAAGAACUAUGCAUUUUCCUCGUUUUGUUUGGAUGAACUUGUCAACAUCAUUGAUGGCUUCAGUGCAAAAGGUCGGCUAGUUUUGCCUGUUUUCUAUGACGUGGAUCCUUCGCAUGUGAGACAUCAGAUUGGAAGUUAUGGUGAAGCUAUAGCCAUGCAUGAAGCAAGGCUUAAACGCGACAAAGAAAUGUACAUAGAUAAUAUGGAUAGGCUGCAGAAAUGGAAGACGGCUCUUAAUCAAGCUGCUAACCUCUCCGGUUAUCAUUUCAAUCACGGGAAUGAAUAUGAACACGAGUUUAUUGGAAGGAUAAUGAAAGAGGUAGCCAAGAAGAUCAACCGUGAUCUAUUACACGUUGCAGAUUAUGCCGUUGGAUUGGAGUCUCGUUUGCUACAAGUAAAUUCACUACUAUCUGUUGAAUCUAAUAAUGGGGUAUAUAUGGUUGGGAUCCAUGGAAUUGGAGGAAUCGGUAAAACAACACUUGCUCGAGCAAUUUAUAAUUUGAUUGCUGAUCAAUUUGAAUGUUUGUGUUUUCUUCAUGACGUGAGAGAAAAUUCAUCUAAACAUGGCUUAGAACAUCUUCAAGAAAGGCUCCUUUCCAAAACCAUUGGAUUAGACAUUAAGUUAGGACAUGUUAGUGAAGGAAUUCCAAUAAUAAAACAAAGGCUACAACAAAAAAAGGUUCUUUUGAUUCUCGAUGAUGUUGAUGAGCAAAAGCAAUUGCAAGUUAUGGUUGGAGAGCCCGAUUGGUUUGGUCCUGGAAGUAGAGUCAUCAUUACCACUCGAGACAAACACUUACUAACAAGUCAUGGUAUUGAUAGAAUAUAUGAAGUGGAUGGUUUAAAUGGAGAAGAAGCUCUAGAACUAUUGAGGUGGAAGACUUUUAAAAAUAACAAAGUCGAUUCAAGUUUCGAGUACAUUUUAAAAUAUGUUGUAACUUAUGCUUCUGGCCUUCCAUUAGCUUUAGAAGUAGUAGGAUCUAACUUGUUUGGAAAGAAUAUAGAAGAAUGGAAAUCUACAUUUGAUCGAUAUGAAUGGAUUCCUGGUAAACGAAUUCACAAAAUACUUAAAGUAAGUUUUGAUAGUUUGGAGGAAGAUGAAAAGAGUGUUUUUUUGGACAUUGCUUGUUGCUUCAAAGGAUAUGAUUUGACGGAAGUUGAGUUUAUACUUUGUGCUCAUUAUGGUAAAUGCAUAAAAUACCAUAUUGGAGUAUUGGUUGAAAAAUCCCUUAUAAAGAUUAAUCAAUGGGGUUAUGUGACAUUGCAUCACUUGAUUGAGGACAUGGGUAAAGAAAUUGUCCGAAAAGAAUCCCCAAAACAUCCUGGUAAACGCAGUAGGUUGUGGUUUCACGAAGAUAUAGUUCAAGUUUUAGAAGAAAAUAUGGGAACAACAGAGAUUGAAAUUGUAUAUCUAGAUUUCCCAUUAUUUGAAGAAGUGGUUGAAUGGAAAGGUGAUGAGUUCAAGAAGAUGAUAAACCUCAAAACACUUAUUAUUAAGAAUGGUCACUUUUCCAAAGGACCAAAACAUCUUCCAAAUAGUUUAAGAGUGCUUGAAUGGCAUAGAUAUCCUUCACUGAGUAUACCUUCCAACUUUUAUCAAAAGAAACUUUCCAUAUGCAAGUUAGGUGAAAGUUUCUUUACCACAUUUGAGUUGCAUGGAUCAUUGAAGGUAUGUGUAAAUGAGUUCAUUUCUCUCGUCUUGUAUACCAAAACCAUUUUAACAUUUAUCAUUGUUCUCAUUUUGCAGAAGUUCGUGAAUAUGAGAGAGUUAAAUUUAGACAAUUGUAAAUAUUUGACGCAUAUAUUUGACGUAUCUUGUCUCCCAAAUUUAGAAAAAAUUUCAUUUCGGCAUUGUGAGAAUUUAAUGACGAUUGAUAGUUCUGUUGGAUUUCUAAAUAAACUUAAAAUCAUAAGAGCUGAUGGUUGCUUAAAACUCAUGAGUUUUCCACCAAUGGAAUUGACUUCUCUUCAACGGUUAGAACUUUCAUUUUGUGAUAGUCUCGAAUGUUUUCCUGAAAUUUUAGGAGAGAUGGAAAAUAUAACAGAGAUAGUCUUGGAGGGAACUUCCAUAGAAGAAUUGUCAUACUCAUUUCAAAAUCUCACGGGGCUUCGGAAAUUACAAAUACGCAGGAGUGGAGUACUUAGAUUACCAAGUAACAUUCUCAUGAUGCCAAAAUUGUCAUAUAUACUUGUGGAGGGUAUUCUAUUAUUGCCAAACAAGAAUGAUAAUUUGAGUUCCUCGACGUCUUCAAACGUUGAAAUUCUUCGACUCCCAAAUUGCAACUUGUCAGAUGAAUUUCUCCAAACAAGUCUCGCAUGGUUUGCUAAUGUCAUACAUUUAGACCUAUCGAGGAAUAGUUUCACAAUACUUCCAGAAUUUAUCAAAGAAUGCCACUUUUUGAUUACGCUUAAUUUGAAUGACUGCACAUGUCUUCGAGAAAUUAGAGGGAUUCCUCCAAAUUUAAAACGUUUGUCUGCAUUGCAAUGUGAAUCUUUGUCUUCCUCAUGCAGAAGCAUGCUACUGAAUCAGGAAUUGCAUGAAGCUGGAAGUACAGAUUUUUGUUUGCCAGGAACCUCACCGAUUCCAGAGUGGUUUCAACACCAAACUAGAGGAUCUUCAAUUUCAUUUUGGUUUCGUAACAACGUUCCUUCUGUAUCUCUCUUUGUUGCUUUAAAACCAAUGCGUAACGAGUGCAUCAACUAUGGAUUUCUUCCUUUAGCAACAAUCAAUUUGACCAUCAAUGGCCAUAAAUUUGAUCUUCGUUGUCCGCCUGAUGGUAUUCGUCUCAUGAUGUCGUUGGGUCAUACAUAUUUAUCUGAUAUGCAACUACACGAAAUGGAUCUCGAAUCUAAAUUGGAAGAAGAACUUUUGAGAAAUGAAUGGGUCCAUGUAGAGGUUUUGUUUAAGCAUCAAAUGAAGAAAACACUCCUUAUAGAAAGUGGAAUUCACUUAUUCAAGCAGAAAAGUAGCAUGGAGGAUAUCCAAUUUAAUAAUCCUUAGAGACUCAUUUGAGGAUAUGCAAGUUUUUGACAUAAUUUUUGCUUUUGCAAUAGCAACAACAAUUGUAUCCCCUACAGUAUAGUAUAAGUCUUGAGCAAAAUUUUAAUCCUUACA